AUUGGCGCCGCCGCCGCCGCCGCCCGCCGCAAUUGGCUGGGCCCCGCGCGGGGCUGCCGUUACUCGGCCGGGCGCGCGCGGCGCAGCCGGCGGUGAGGGAGCGGCCUGCGCCGGCUGAGGGGAAUGUCCGGGCCCAGCGGCACAACUGCAGGGGCUGCGCUGCGCCCCCGCCCGCCCGCGGCUCUGGCGCCUUCGCGGACCUCGGCCCAGAGAUCCGCGUCAGCAGGACUAGUAAAAGGACUCAGGCUGGGUUGCCCACUUGGGUAUCCAAGCCACAGCUCCUGUUGCUUCUGGUAAGACUAAACUUUAGACUCAAGGGCUUGUUUGACAGCUGGAGUACAGAGGUUGUUGGUUUUGAUUGUGAAGAAACAAACUUUCAUCCAUUUGUUUAGAAGCCUAUUAUGUUGGCACCCACAGCUUUCUGCAUGUUGGUUUGAUUUAAGACCCAGAAGAGAAGUCCUCUCAAUGGAAGAUGACAGUGAACCCGAGCAAAGCUCCUGGGCCUAUCUACCUGAUGUCUGUCUGAGGCAUGUCUUCCAUUGGUUAGAUGACAGAGACAGAUCUCGGGCUGCCUUGGUCUGUAAAAAAUGGAGUUGUGCCAUGCACUCUGGAUCUCUCUGGAGAUGCAGAACCAUCACUUUUUAUGGCCAACCAUCAAGGGCACGCACACUGGAGUUUCAAAGUGCACUGUGGUAUACCAAGAAAUUUGGCAAGUAUUUGAAGCACCUUGAGAUCAAGUUAUCGAAUCCUUACAAUACUCCCUUUAUCAAAAAAUUUCAAGUGAUUAUGAGAGGUCUUCUUUCACACCUGGGUAAGUGUAAUAGUCACCUAGUAUCCCUGAGCAUCAAGUACCUAGAAUUGGACUGCUUGAUCUGGAGAAAUGUGGUUAGGGCUCAGUUUAUCAAGAAUUUAGCUGCCUUCCUGAAAAGAAUGAGCAAUCAACUUGAUUAUCUUAACUUAAAAGGAGCAAGAAUAACUUUGGAAGAAGGCUGUGAGCUUCUGAAUUCUCUAAGCAGUUUGACAAAUAGAAGCUUUAUAUCUGAAAUCAAUAUUGAGGAUUUCUUCAGUCUUCACCUUUCUGUCUACAGCAGUGCCUUGUUCCACCAAACUAUGUCUAAGUUCCACAGGCUGACCAUCCUGACUUUCAAUUACAACUGCAUGUCUGAUGAACUGCUGGACAUCCUGCGGGAGCGCAGCUCUCAUUCGCUGUGCACCUUGAAUAUCAAGUGUCAUAUCCAUGACCCUCAUGGGCAAGUGGUCUCAGGAAUGUCAUGGGCAAACUUGGCCAGGAGAGCCCCAAAACUGAAUGUGAACUUCUUCUUUGAAAGAGUCAUGAAGCAUGAUCACCUAGCUAGGAUCCUGCUAGAGGAGAUCCCAGUUAGGAGCAUCAGCCUACGGAGCUGUUAUUUUAGUGACCCAGACUGGACUAUGAGACCUACUCUCACCAACCUUCUCCCAGCUUACUGGCAUGGUCUGCAGAAAUUAACACUUGAAUUAAACAAUGACCAUGAGUUGCUGGACAAUGAGCUGCUACAGCUUGUUUUAUCAUGCAAGAGGUUGUUAUUUCUGAAAGUCUGGGCAUUUCUAAGUGUCAGCUUUAUGGAGAGGCUGCUACAAAACCGUGCAGAAAGGAAAUGCAUUUUGACUACCAUAAAGGUCAGGAUUUAUACAGCCCAAGAUGACAGCACUGAGGAGGAGCGGCUGCUGGCUGAUAUUUACAGGAAAUUCAAGUACCUGAUUGACUCAGAACUUAAUUAUUUUGUCAUCACCUACCCAAUGGUAUAAACUACAGGAAGAGAACACCCAGUGACAUCUGCAUUAAUGGAUCCUUUGGAGUGCUUUAGUAAGGGAUUUGAAUUUUGACAUCAGUGCUUCUAAAAGGGAGUUAUCAUUCCAGCAAGUGAGAAGCAAGGGACAAUUUUAAACUCCAUGCAUUAAAAUGUUGGACUUGGGAACUGGACUCUUUUGUCUCCAGCAUUAUUUAUUCUUUCCCUUGCUUUGGUUUUCCUUGCCAGAACCACAGGAAGCAGUGAUCCCUUUUCCACCCUUACAGGCAUCUCUGAUAAAAAUAAGACCCUCCUCUUUUUUCAGCACUUCUCAUUGCAGAGCUUCAAACAUUUACCACUGAAGCCCACCUCAA